UCUAAUCAUUUGCAACUUGCUUUACGUUAUGUGCUAAAUAAGUCAGUUAGAUUUUGAAUUACAAGAUGAAAGUUUAAAAUUGUCAUCUUUUGGAUGCGUCAGUAUUAAAAAAUGUUAACUACAUCAGAAGGAAAAAAAAAAAAAGUUAUAUAGCUAAUAUUAUCACGUGUACUACCUAAACAUGUUGGAUUAUUUUUUUCUGGAAAUUGUCAGUGUUUUGCUUGGAAUUAUCUUCACUACGUGAUUAGUGCGGGGCGUUACCGUCGUGUCCUCCAAACUCUUUAUUUUUAAACUGUUAUACAAUUUCCCGUCGGCGAUGUGAACAUCCGAGACACAUUCCUGAUCUCCGUGACGAGUGGUCAAUCUACGGAGGAAUCGAAAUCGGACAUGACUCAGUUGUCUGGCUCUUGCCUUCAGUCGCAGACCCUCAACCAGACGCCCAACAAGACGACAGACCCGACCGCUGCGCCUUCCGUACAAAACAACAACAGCAAUCACAAGCCCUCCCUCGAAAAAGCGGCGGUGUGCGAAAUUCAGAAAAUCCUCGCCAGUCCCACGGAGGUCCCUCAGACUCCUUCCUCUGCGGAAGAGCCGAAAGAUGUCAUGAAGGACCCCAAGAUCCAUUCCUUCAUCAAUAACAACACGAUGGCCCAUCGGGAGAUGGCCGUGGAUGUCCCGGACUCCUUUGUGGGGGUUACCAAAACGGCGCCCCGUUACCCUCCCCCACGGAAGAAGCCACCCCGCACCCCUGACACGUCCAGUCUCAAGAAGAACGGGCUAUACCACUUCAGCAGCGAUCCGGAGGCCGGCAAAAUCCCUAACCACGUGCGCUCCAUGUCUUCUCAAGACGGCAAUCUGGAGAGCGAGAGGCGAACGCCCCCCACCCCUCGGAUUUCCGAGGUGCUCAGAGAGGGCGCCCAUGCGGCAGUCAACGAAGAAGAGAAGUUGAUAGAGCUGGGACAGCUUCACAGGAUCAGAAAAUAUCAGGAGGACAUUCGCAAGCGAAAAGAGGAGGAGGAAAGACAGGCCAAAGAGGAAGAAUUCCUCCGCUCCUCUCUCCGGGGAUCCCAGAAGUUGAGGGCCCUCGAGAAGCAGCGCAAAUCCGAAUCUUCGGGGCUGGAGAAUUCCGCCUUUCUUCUCGAGGAAGGUGACACCCCUGUUAAGUCGGAUGGAAGGCUUGUUGCAAGCUCUCCGGAUGGAGAACCGCUCGAAUUAACAAAGCUUUAUGAUCCUUCAUCACUUCUUGAUAUCCUGCAUAAUGUUGAAGCUUGUUUAGCAAAUACUGGAUUUGGUGAAAGUAUGGUGGAACUGGAAAAAUUGUUUCAUAAUCCUGAAUUCCAAUGUCUAUUGACUCUUCAUAACAAAGUUCAAGAUUUAUGUUGCUUCAAGUGCCUGCCAACUCCUGUUUGUACAGAUGCGCAAGUUAUUUCUUUAGAGGUGGUAAGAGCCUUGCAAGAUGUGCCUUCCAAGGAUGCCAAAGAGCUUCUGCAUAUCCUGGGGAAACAUUCCUUUGAGAAUCUAAUGUUUUGCCAUGAUAAAGUGGCUGCCAGUCAGGCAGUUCCCGACAUUUCUGAAGAAGAGGAAUUGCUUUCCAGACUGUCACAGUACACAGAAGAAAGUAUAAAGAUUGUUCGUAUAGAGAAGACUACAGAGCCAUUGGGUGCUACAGUAAAGAAUGAUGGCGAGGCAGUUAUUGUUGGUCGUAUUGUUAAAGGAGGAAUUGCAGAGAAAAGUGGUCUUCUUCAUGAAGGAGAUGAAAUAUUAGAAGUAAAUGGAAUAGAACUUAGAGGAAAAUCAGUAAAUGAUGUUUGUGACAUUAUGGCUUCCAUGUGUGGUACAUUAACUUUUCUUAUUGUUCCCUCUCAAUAUGAUAUUCCAAAACAACAGACACGAGAAAGUGUGAUCCACUUAAAAGCCCACUUUGACUAUGAGCCAGAUGAUGACCUGUAUAUUCCAUGCCGAGAGCUUGGUAUGUCUUUCCAGAAAGGGGAUGUCUUGCAUGUUAUUAGCCAAGAGGAUCCCAACUGGUGGCAGGCCUACAGAGAGGGAGAGGAGGAUCAGCUGCUUGCUGGCCUUAUUCCGAGUAAAACUUUCCAACAGCAGCGAGAAGUUAUGAAACAAGCAGUGGUUGGAGAUGUAAAGGAAAAGAAAUCUAAAAAAGGAAUCUUUUUAUGUGCAAAAAGACAUCAUAGGAGAAAAAAGAAAAAGAUGUAUAAUCUUAACUACACUGAUGAUGCAGAUGAAGAUCAAGUACUGACCUAUGAAGAAGUUCGACUAUAUUAUCCCAGAGCACAUCAAAAGAGGCCUCUUGUGCUGAUUGGUCCUCAGAAAGUUGGCAGGCAUGAAUUAAGGCAGAGACUCAUGGAAGAUACUAAUAGGUUUGCUGCUGCUGUACCUCAUACUAGUCGGCCCAAAAAGGACUCUGAAGUGAAUGGUGUCGAUUACUUCUUCAUUAGUAGAGCUCAGUUUGAGGCUGACAUUCUGGCAGGUCGCUUUGUGGAGCAUGGAGAAUAUCAAAAGAGUUACUAUGGUACCAGUUUGGAUGCCAUUCGUAGUGUCAUCGAGUCGGGAAAAACUUGUGUACUCAACUUGCAUCCCCAAUCUCUCAAAAUUCUGAAAAAAUCUGACCUCAUGCCAUAUGUUGUUUUUAUUGCACCUCCUUCUUUGGAGAAACUUCGAAUCAACUGCAUGAAGAUGGAUGUUGCUGUCAAAGAUGACGAGCUGAAAGAUAUCAUUGAAAAAGCUAGGGAAAUGGAAGAAUUCUAUGGACAUUAUUUUGAUUUGGUGCUUAUUAAUGUUGAUUUAGAGAAGACUUAUAGUGAAUUGUUACAUGAAAUCAGUGUCAUCGAGCGCGAGCCUCAGUGGGUUCCUGCUGCUUGGAUUAAAGACGAUGCUACAUAAUGACAUCGAUUCCUAUGCCUUAACCGAACUUUGAGAAAUCUCCCUUAUCGAAAUCUUAUUCACACUCAAAUAAAAGGAUAUAAUUAUACUGACUUUCACAGCUGAUAUGUGAACUGUGAUCCAUCUGCAAUACUUUUUAAAUAUUCAUGUAUGAUGCAUUUUUUAUAACACCUGUAUAUAUUAUCUAGAGGAGGUUUUUAAUUAUCAUGCAAAUGAAAUGUUUUUUAUAAUAGUAUUUAUCACAAAUGUUAGCACUCAUUGAGAAUCACUCUUUUACAUCAUAGACAAUCAAAAAAAUGUCAAAGUUUUGAGCACAGGAAAAGACAACAAUAAGUCAUUUCUAUUUUAAACAAACUGUUGGAACUGUAUUUACAUGUUUUUUUUUUUUCUAUCCUUGACAAAGUCAAAAAUAUUGACUUAAUUUGUUUUCAUUCAUUAUAUAUAUUGGUUGUACGAAAUUUUUCUAACAAGUUUUUUUUACUCUUUCUUUUUCGUCACCACAUUAAUGAUAUUAAAUAUAUUUUUAGAAGAUUAUGAUCUUUUAUUAAAUAUUUUAUUGCUUUAAAUGGUUUAUUAGAAAAAUUGGAAUAGUUUUUGAAUAAUUGGUAUAUACUGCUUAAUUUUGAACAAAAGAUAUCUAGAAUAAAGAUAAGAUGAAUUUUCACAUUUUCACUGCUUUGAAAACUUCUUUAGAAGGAAACUGUUUUAUUCUAUUGUCAGGGUCCUAAAUAUUGCCAGGCUUUAAUAUCGAUACCAUUAUUGUUGAGAUUUGGCAGAUUUUUAUAUGGAGUCCUGCUAACAGAAAUGUACCAAUAAAAACAUAUCUUAUAUUUGAAAAAUUUCUUGUGGAUUCUUUUAUUUUACCUAUUUAUUUAAAAUGUGACAGUUCUUCUAAAAUUAUUUUUCUGAGUAAAAGUUUCUGUAUUAGUUACUACUUCAAUGUGUGAAGUCUUUCUUGUUAAAUUCUGACACUCCUUAGCAAUAAGAUUUGAAAACCAUCUAAGCAAACUUCCUAACUAGCAUUUGAUUUGUGCUAGUGACUGCUCAAGUGAGAAAUGUUGAAGCACAUUGAGAGCAUUUAAAGUAAUUUUAGAGUUCUAGAUUUCUAUAGAAGACAACUUUUAAUCUACUAUUUUAGUAUGUAGAAAAAUUUUAUUGGACAUUUUACAGCACAAAGUAGGUAUACAUUUUUAAAUACAAUUCUUACGUAAGUCACUAUUGUAGAAACAACGAAGUUUGGAAAGAUUAGUUUUUCUGUAACAAAUAAAAAUGUUCAUUAUGAGAUUUAUAUUUAAAUUAUUCAACUUCCACACUUCAUUGUAAUGAUUUUGAUAUUUGUUUCAAGUAAUAUCCAGUUGUUGAAUAUUUUUAUUUGCAUAUGCAGUUAUUAAAUCUAUUAUCAAAGCAAACAAACUAUUUCUAUCAAAAUAUUCAAUUUAUUUUAAACCAUAUAUUUAUAUUUAACAGUGAUUGAUUUUACAUUUAGUUUGCAUUUGUCUCAUAUAACCAUGUUUAGUUCACAUUCCUGUAAAUAUUAAAGAUUCUAUCAUUCUGUAUAUUGGGCUUUGAACAAUAUUAAACAAAGUGCAAUUUGAAGGCCAUGUGCUUUUUUUUUUUUUUUUUUCAUCGAAUGCAAUGAAUGUUGAAAAGGAGAGCUGGAAAUAUUUACUUUACACAUGUUUGAGCUUGCGAAUAGUAGAUUAAAGCAUUCUGUGUUUUUGUAAUGUACUUAAACUUCCCUAUUUGUUUGUAUUUCUAUAGGUUUAAUACUCACUGUUAUCUUUCUAAUGUAAUACCUGUGUAUAAUGCUACUGUUUCUGUAUAUAAUUCUGUCAUGAAUAGAUAUAUAAGGUCACGUUUUUAAAGAGGCUCCAUUUUUCAUUAAAAUGCAGAAGAGAAUUAGUGCUUUAAUCUAAACUAAUAUAUAUUUUCUUUUUUACCAUAAGAUUAUUGAUACAUUUUACCUUAAUUGCCAGUGAAAUUUCAGUCGGUUUCUUCCUUUUCUGAAUAAUGCAUUUUUAUCACAAUAAUGUUCUUUUAAUAUAUUCUAAGACAUGCCUCAAUCUAAAUAUUGAAUGUUAGUUGAUUGCAUUUCAAAAUUUUUGUUGAUCUGAAAAAAAUUCUUUAAAUUGUUUUCAAAACAUAUAUUCUUGCCAAUUAAGUUAUUGAUUGUGAACUGGUUCUCUAAAUGAGAUUGUAUAAACUCUGUUGGUUCUGUUUUUGUUUUGAAUUAAAUAUCUGUAAACAAAGCUGAUUAAGAAAGAGUUAAAAAAUUAACUUUAUGAAUUUGUUUUUAUUUUUAUUCAAAUUUCUCUGUGUAGCAGUUUUCUUAUUUUCCAACUUUUGUGGUCACAAUGAAAUAUUUUUGAAGAAAAAUAUCAUAAUUGUAAAAAGCUUAAAGAAGCCAGUUCUUGUAAAAACCUUGUUCUUAUAAAAAUUGUAAUAUUCAAAUUAUUAUGAAUUUUUAAAAAAAAACAUACUUCUCGAUAAUGUAACUUUUGUUAUUAGUCUCUUCUAGCGAUUAGCUGGUUCACUGAAUAUUCUGGUUAAAUUCCAUUUAAAUUGUUCAGAUACAUCACGACCCUAAUUUCUCAGGCAUUAAAUUUGUGUUAUUUUAAUUGCCAUGCAUGUGUUCUGUUCAUAAUGAACAGAACAUCAGCACUACUCCUAUGACGUCAUAUUAAUAACUCUUUUCAGUGCUGUCUCUUCUCAAUAUCAUAACUGUACUCUUUUUAUUAUAGUCAUCAUAGAUGUCAAACGGAAUUCCUCUUCCUUAGCUGGCAACAAUAAAAGAAAAUCACAUGAUUAAUUAUUUGAUGGAACAAUGACAACUGUUUUGAGUUUCAGGGCAAAGUUGUAAUUUUUUUAUCACAAAUUAGGCAAAAUAUUUCUUUAAAAAAAUUGUUAAAAUUCAAGAAAACAUUGCAGUAAAUUGGUAUCAUUAAAAAGACUCAUUUUUAUUUUAAUGUAAUUAUAUUUUAGAAAGUAAUCACUAAAAUCCACCAAAAUUGAGCUUGUUUCAUUUUUUAGUAGCUGUUUUGUUUCAUUAUAAGUAGCUGGUUGUAUAUUUCUGAUACAUUUUGUUGCUGACUAAUUUUAAUAGUGUGGGUUAUUCAGUUUAAACAUAUUGUUACUUCCUUUACUCAUUUGCAUGGCAGAGAUAAACUGUUCGUUUGAAAAGAAAGCAUAACGUGAUCCAAACUUUGCAUCAAGAUUUUAAUAAAUGACUGCUGUUUUUAGCGGAGCAGCAAUAAAAAUCAUAUUUGUGAUCAUGUUUGAUGAGAAACUGCAUGGAUAUUAGGAGUGAAUAAUUGCCAACAAAUUAGAGAUGGAGCCUUAAAGUGUUAUUCUAGUUGCUUAAUUUCUAGUUUGAUUUCUGUAAUAUUGUUGCUGUAUAUAAUAUUACAGGGCUUCCACUAUUUUAGUGCAUCUGUAUUUAAAAGCAAUAAAACUUGUUUUUCAUUAAAAAAAAUUAA